GAAUCGUAACCUCAGAAAGCCAAAUCUCAUUCUCCGGCGCUCAGGCCCACCCAAGCGUCGACUCUCCCGAUCCAAUCGGUACCUCCUAGUUCCUCGCCGGCGGUAGCGGCGUCGGGCGAACAGCGGUGACUUGGCGAGGGCGCUUGGCCGGCGACAAUCAUCCACUAGGAUGGAAGGUGAGGCAGAGACCGUGGUUGGUUCUUGUUCUAAACCAUGUGGGCCUCUGGAGGACUACUACAUUCCAGAUUACAUUCUGAAGCCAGGUGCCCAACAAGUACUUGUUGAUCAUGCGGCACCCUGCCCCGUUGUAGUGUUCAUCAACUCAAGAUCUGGAGGCCAACUUGGAAGUAGUUUAAUCAAAACAUAUCGUGAGCUUCUCAAUGAAGCACAGGUUUUUGAUCUCUCAAAAGAGGCUCCAGAUAAGGUAUUGCAUCGUUUAUAUGCCAACCUUGAAAGGCUGAAGAUGGAAGGAGACAUUCUUGCAGUUCAAAUUUGGAGGACACUGAGGCUAAUUGUUGCAGGCGGUGAUGGUACAGCUAGCUGGCUGCUUGGGGUAGUCAGUGACCUUAAGCUUUCCCACCCACCUCCAGUGGCAACUGUUCCUCUGGGAACCGGAAAUAACCUCCCCUUUUCAUUUGGAUGGGGAAAGAAGAAUCCUUCUACUGACCAAGAGGCUGUAAAAUCAUUCCUCGGGCUAGUAAAGCAUGCAAAAGAAAUUAAGAUUGAUAGUUGGCACAUCAUUUUGAGAAUGCGAGUUCCAGAGGAAGGUCCAUGUGAUCCUAUUGCUCCAUUAGAUUUGCCUCAUUCAUUGCAUGCGUUCCAUCGUGUCUCAAGUAGUGAUUCUCUCAAUAUGGAAGGUUACCACACAUUCCGUGGAGGAUUUUGGAAUUACUUUAGUAUGGGGAUGGAUGCAGAAGUGUCUUAUGCAUUUCAUUCUGAAAGGAAGAAGAAUCCAGAGAAGUUCAAGAAUCAGCUGACAAAUCAGGGUACAUACGCUAAGCUUGGACUUAAACAAGGAUGGUUUUGUGCUUCUCUUAGUCAGCCAUCAUCAAGGAACCUUGCUCAAAUUGCAAAAGUAAAGAUCAUGAAAAGAGCUGGUAGCCUCUGGGAGGAACUUCACAUUCAUCACAGCAUUCGGUCCAUCGUGUGUCUGAAUUUGCCUAGUUUUUCUGGAGGUUUGAAUCCUUGGGGCACACCUGGCACGAGGAGAGCAGAAGAUAGGGAGUUCACUGCACCUUUUGUCGACGAUGGACUUCUUGAGGUUGUUGGCUUCCGUGACGCCUGGCACGGGCUGGUCCUGCUGGCCCCUAAUGGACACGGCACUCGCAUUGCCCAGGCCCAUAGGAUCCGCUUUGAAUUCCACAAAGGCGCAGCAGAGCACACGUUCAUGAGGGUUGACGGAGAGCCCUGGAAGCAGCCCCUUCCCAAGGACGAUGACACGGUUGUGGUGGAAAUCUCUCACCUUGGGCAGGUCACCAUGCUAGCAAAUGAGCCGUGCAGGUCCAAGAGCGUCAACGACCAGUCGUCACUGUCGCCGGCGCACGACAGUCAUGGUGAUUACAAUGAUAUCGCUGAGGAGGACGAAGACGAGUGGGAGGACGGCAGGAGGAAGUUUGGGGCGGCAGAUACAUUUAAGAUUCCUGACGAGAUUGACAUUGCUCAUUUCAGUUGAGCUUUGACUAGUGCAUCGUCGUGUGCGUUCUGAUCAU